AUGUUAAUAUCAAUGAAUAUUCGAUCAAUAUUGGGUGAUUUGUAUAAUCAAUCUUUUGACUCAUCAUGGUGUAUUUUUUCAGGAUAUUUUGCUAUUGUAGUGCUUAGUAAGUUAUACUUGAAUUUUCUAAAUCAGGCAUUUUAUCGUCUAAUUCGAAUUGUUUAUCCUCAAGAUCGACGGUUUCAAUCUGUAAAAUUAUGUAUAAUGUUACCAUUUAUAGAAUUAAUAAUAAUAACAUGUAUUCUUUUAUGUGUUCUUAUACCUUUGAAUGGUGUAACAUAUUUACCAAAUGAUCACUUUUGUUAUCCAACAUUCACAAAUAUUCCUAGUAUUCUUUCGGUAGCAGUUAUUGUUUAUAUAGGUCCAUUUUGUUGUAUAUCAUUUAUUUAUAUUCAUAUAACAAGAUUUAUUCAUCGACAAAGAAAUAUUCAAACAUUAGUAAUUAAACAACGACAAGCUCGUGAUUUACUUAUUAUGCGACGUAUUUUAAUAAUUGUUAGUUUAUUACUUAUUCUUGGAAUACCUGGAAUGACUUUUAUAUUUAUGUUUAUAAUAACAGGUGAAGAACAUCCAUUACUUGCUCGAAUUGCACUUUUGCCAGUUAGUGUAUCUCAACUGGGAUUGAGUGUAGCAUUACUUUUUUAUAUUCCAUAA